AUGGCGGCUUUCGCAAAUCUCAACUCUGAUGCUGGAUUGAAGAAGCUCGACGAGCAUCUUCUCACUCGCUAUUACAUUACAAGUCACAAGGCUUCAAAGGAUGAUAUCAAGGUCUAUGCGGCUCUCUCAAAGCCUCCACCUCCGCAGUAUGUGAAUGCAUCUCGUUGGUACAACCACAUUGAGACCCUCUUGAGCAUCUCAGGUAUCUCUUGUGAAGGCAGUGGUGUCGCUGACCUUAUCAUGGAGGAGGCCGAACAGGAAAAGAAAGCAGCUUCUUUGAAAGCAUCCAGCGAGAAGAAAGAAUCUUGGGACUCUGCGGUAAUAGUGAUCUCACCGAAUGAAGCUGAGACCGACAUGAAGAAGCUGGAGAAAGAUUUGAGAUCUAUUCAAAUGGAUGGACUGUCUUGGGGACCAUCGAAACUUGUACCUAUUGGUUAUGGACUGGAGCUGUUGCGGAUUGUAGCCACCGUCCCUGCGGAUGAUGAAUUCGACGAUUAUCUAGACAUCCUUGUCGAAGAGCAUAUAUGCAAACUUGGGAAUUUCCGCAUUGAUAUCUCUGGCGUGAAGGAAUCUGACGAAGCUGUAAGAUCCAUUCAGGCUUCAGGAUUGUUUUGGGGAUCAUCAAGACUUUGUGGAAGCAUGUUGCUGGGAAUCGAGUGCACUGCCGUUGGAGGCCUUAUUCGUUCUGGACACACUGUGCGCUUCGAAGACAUUGUCAAAGAGGAAAUAAAGGGUCAUCGCUAUGUCCAGAGCUGUCAAACUCGCGGCUUGAAUAGAAUAUGGAGUGGCAUCCUCUCAGAAGAGGACUCUGAUUCUAAUGGUGACCUUUUGGGGGAAGAGAGAGCAUCUUCAAAGAAGAAAGAAACCGGCAAGUCAGGUUUAUUACUAGUUAAGUUGUCUCCGUCAAACCCUGACAUAAAGAAGCUUGACGAAUCUAUCAGAUCCAUUCAGAGGGAAGGGUUGGUUUGGGGAGAAUCAAAGACUGUCGAUGCUGGUUAUGGUAUCACGUACUUGGGGAACACUUUCACCAUUGUUGGCGACCAGGCUUCUCUCAACACUGCUAUCGAAAAAUUUCGCGGUGUCAUCAUCCCCUUGACCCACUAA